UAAAUUACAAUAAAGAACGUCAAAGUCACACGUCUACUCCACACCUGCCAGAUUGACACUAGUGCAUUGGACUGCUCUUUCUAUACAACGAAGUACAUAUGAAGGACAGAGUAAGAAAGAGAGCGAAAGAAAAUGCCAACCACAAUUUCUGAUCAAGAUAAGACCCUGGAACGGAUUUUCUUGAUCACGAAUUUGGUGGUGGAGCUUCCAUCGGCGGUUCUUGAUCAGCUGGCCUCAGUUCACAAGCCUCGCUAUGCACUAAUCAGCUUGAUCAUGUCUUUCGUAAUCAUGCUUAUCUCUGCUCUUGAUCUUGUUCGAAUAGGUCGAAGAGGAAGAGUCAAAUGGAUGAGGAGAGGCAAGAUCAUACCUUGGUUUUACUCUUCAUAUCCAAGUUACAAGCCUCUGGGAAAAUUUGCUGAUAUUGUUGGAUUAGUUUGUAGCAUCUUCCAAUGUGCUUCUGCAGCAAUUGCUUAUGCCUUUGUAUCUAAUAAAGCUGAUACUCCUAUCAAAAUCUCAGUUUGGCCAUUAAUCUUUGCCUUUGGUGUAUUGUGUUCUAGAUUUCCAAAGAAUCCACGCCCUGAAAUUCAUCUAGAGAGCCCUGCUCGACGCACCCUGCAUGAGCUUCAGCCUUCUGAAACUCAAUUAUACUAUGAAGAUAAGAAGAAUUACAGGGAAUUUUCUGAGACUCCUAAGAAGUCCAACAGAAAGAAGCGUGAGGAAGUAGAAAGCAGGUUAAAGCAGCUUCAUACACUAAAGGGUCAUGUUGAAUCAGUGGCGAAACUCAGGGAACUUGACAUCGACUCCGAUGAACAGUACUACUCUGUUUGAGAAGCUGCAAAAGCUUGUUCUUUUUCUGUUCUAUCUUGAUUCGGUAGGUUGCAUUCUCGUUUUUUAAAUAAUUUUAUGUAAUUAUUUUAUUAAAAAAUUAUACUUAAUUAAUAUUUAAAUUUUAAA